GGGAUGGAUAACAGGGAGGAAGAACACCCUGCAGUGUAGUGUUCUACACACAAAGGAGCUGCACACGGGUGGAUGGAGGCUUCCCCAGUACGGUAACCACACAGAGCAUAGAAAUGGGUGAACGACGAAAAGUAAACACCUCCAGAGGAGAUAACAAAAAUAUUGCCAAUGGUGAAAAGGAAAAGUUAGGACAAUGGGGAAGAGCCUGGGAAGUCGAUUGGUUUUCUUUGGCUGGUGUUCUCUUCCUCCUUAUGUUUGCUCCGCUGAUUGUGUACUAUUUUGUGAUGUCAUGUGACCAGUAUCAGUGUGCUCUCUCUGGCCCCAUUGUUGACCUGUACACAGGCAAUGCUAAAAUCUCUGACAUUUGGAACAAGACCCCUCUCUUAAACUGGAGAGCUGCCAAGAUUUAUACAAUUUGGGUUUCUUUCCAGGUUUUUCUGUAUAUGUACGUUCCAGAUAUUUGCCAUAAGUUUCUCCCCAGAUAUAAAGGAGGGGUUCAAGACGGAGCACGAACACCUGCUGGCAUCAUAAACAAGUAUCAAGUUAACGGUCUCCAGGCCUGGAUUAUCACUCAUAUUCUCUGGUUUGCCAAUGCACAUUACUUCCAUUGGUUCUCUCCAACCAUUAUCAUUGACAACUGGAUACCUUUAUUAUGGUGUACCAAUAUUUUGGGUUAUUCUGUUGCCACAUUUGUUAUGAUUAAAGCGUACCUGUUCCCCAGCAAUGCAAAUGACUGCAAAUUCACUGGAAAUUUCUUCUACAACUAUAUGAUGGGGGUUGAGUUUAACCCUCGUAUUGGCAAGUGGUUUGAUUUCAAGUUAUUUUUUAACGGACGCCCUGGUAUUGUUGCCUGGACACUAAUAAAUCUGUCUUAUGCUGCCAAACAACAAGAACUAUAUGGUUAUGUCACAAACUCAAUGAUUCUCGUCAAUAUUCUGCAGGCCAUUUAUGUACUGGACUUUUUCUGGAAUGAAAACUGGUAUCUUCAUACUAUAGACAUUUGUCAUGAUCAUUUUGGCUGGUACCUUGGAUGGGGAGAUUGUGUCUGGUUGCCUUAUCUCUAUACUCUACAGGGAUUAUAUUUGGUGUAUAACCCAGUACAGCUCUCCACCACCGCUGCAGUAGGAGUCCUUCUACUAGGAUUGAUUGGGUACUAUAUCUUCAGACUGACCAACCACCAAAAAGAUCUUUUCCGCCGUACCAACGGGAACUGCAAGAUAUGGGGUGCAAAGCCCAAGUACAUUGAAUGCUCUUAUACAUCUGUGGAUGGCAAAAGGCAUUACAGCAAACUGAUGACAUCAGGAUUCUGGGGCAUGGCCAGGCAUAUGAAUUACACUGGCGAUCUGAUGGGAUGUUUGGCGUAUUGCAUGGCUUGCGGCUUUGAACAUCUGCUGCCUUACUUCUAUGUCAUAUACAUGACCAUGUUGCUUGUUCACCGUUGCAUACGAGAUGAACAUCGUUGUUCCAGCAAAUAUGGAAAGGACUGGAAAAUAUACACAGAUGCCGUGCCAUAUCGGUUAUUACCAGGAAUUUUCUAACAAGCAAAAACACUGUUUAAGUGAAAUGUACCAACACAUUUCAUUCAGGGUUGGUUGAACAAUUAAGUAAAUUUUACAAAAGUGUUUGGACAAUUAUUGCUUAUAAAUAAGCAUAUCUUAAUGGUAAUAUUGCAGAACCAGUUUUUUAGCAAAUAAGUUUGCUAUAAAUCCAAUUAUGGAUGAAAAGACUGGACUUCAGUCAUCCAGAACAACAGUGGUUUUAGGUGUUUGUAAUAAAGUCAUAUUACUUUUUUCUACAGUUACAUUAUCUUUAUAGAUCAACUGAUAUUACUGCUAAAUAAAACAGUAAUUAUUUUA